AUGGCCCCACUGCAGAAGCAGCACACCUUGAGCUCUGAAUUCAUUGUCUUGGGCUUUGGGGACCUGGCUGAGUUACAAAUCUCCCUGUUUGGACUGUUUCUAAUCAUGCAUCUUGUCACCCUAGCAGGGCACACGACUCUUGCGCUCAUCACCCUCUUUGACUCCGCGUAUUUCCUCCUUCGCAACCUGUCCACCAUUGAAAUCGGCUAUACAUGGGUCAUCGUCCCCAGCAUGCUGGCCAGUUUCCUGUCCGGGAGCCAGCGGAUGCCCUUCCUGGGCUGAGCCCUGCAAAUGCAUCUCUUCAGCGCCCUGGGCAGGGCAGAGUGUUUCCUCGUGGCUGCGAUGGCCUACGACCGCUUUGAGGCCAUCUGCAAGCCCCUGCAUUACACACUCAUCAUAGCCAGGACCCUGUGUCUGCAGGUGCUGGCUCUGGCGUGAGUCAGCGGACUUGCGCUCUCCUUCACCCUCCCCACACUGAUAUCCCUCUUCCCCUUUGGUCAGUCUCAUGAGAUCAGUCAUUUCUUCUGUGACAUCCCCGCUGUGCUACUCCUGGCCUGCGCGCACACGCGGGCCAGUGAGGUCGCGGUCUUCCUCGUCUGCCUGCUCAUCCUGUUGGUUCCCUUCCUGCUGACCCUGCUCUCCUGCGGGUUCAUUAUCGCUGCCGUCCUCAGAAUCCACGUGGCUGAGGGCAGGAGCAAGGCCUUCUCCGCCUGUGCUGGGCACCUGCUGGUCUCCCUUCUGCACUACGGCUGCACAAUAUUCAUCUACAUUCGCCCCAAGUCAUGCUAUGCCCCAGAACAGGACAAAACUGUGUCCUUAAUCUACACCAGUGUCACUCCCGUGCUCCACCCUAUGAUCUAUAGUCUGAGGAACAAGGAAGUCGAGGGGGCCCUCAAGAGACUCCUGGAGAGCCACGACCAGACGAGGCCGGCAGUCCAAU